AUGACGGUUAGGCUAUGGAACGCGCGUACGGGUCAAGAGGUACAGAAGCUAGAGGGACACACUGACUCAGUGAACGCAGUGGCCUUCUCGCCCGACGGCUCACUACUAGCCUCUGCAUCAUACGAUGAGACGGUCAGGCUAUGGAACCUGCGUACGGGUCAAGAGGUACAGAAGCUAGAGGGACAUACUGACUGGGUGAACGCGGUGGCCUUCUCACCCGACGGCUCACUACUAGCCUCUGCAUCACGCGAUGAGACGGUCAGGCUAUGGAACCCGCGUACGGGUCAAGAGGUGCAGAAGCUAGAGGGACACACUCACUCAGUGAACGCGGUGGCCUUCUCACCCGACGGCUCACUACUGGCCUCUACAUCACGCGAUAAGACGGUUAGGCUAUGGAACGCGCGUACGGGUCAAGAGGUGCAGAAGCUAGAGGGACACACUAGCUGGGUAAACGCGGUGGCCUUCUCACCCGACGGCUCACUACUAGCCUCUGCAUCACACGAUGAGACGGUCAGGCUAUGGAACGCGCGUACGGGUCAAGAGGUGCAGAAAUUCGAGGAUAUGCCGCCCGUUGCAACCAUCAGAUUUACGAUCGACAAUAAGACUUUACUCACUAAUCGAGGAACUCUAUUUAUCGAUGAUCGACUACUUCCUAGCCAGGCCAUCGAAUCUUCAACCAACGAAACUAUUGUAAUCAAAAAUGAGUGGAUUCGACGAGGUGAACAUAAUCUUCUCUGGCUUCCACAUGAGUAUCGAAGUGAUUGUUCGGCAUUCUACGGCAAUACGAUUGCUAUUGGGCUGAAUUCCGGCCAAGUUAGCUUUAUCCAGCUUAAUGGUCUUUAA